AAACAGCGCCAUCUACCGGCCACCAGUAUCAGUACACACACAUUACAAAACAGGCGUCUGCAGCCAUUGCUGUCACGUGUGCUGCUCCGUGUUUGUGUACGAGAAGUUCCCGAUGUUGAAUUGCAGCAUUUAACAGCUAGCAAGAAAAUGAAAAGUAAGCCCGCCAAGUCAGAGGGAAAUGGAUCAAAGACUAAAGUCAAGAAAAGAGCUGCGGACGAAUCUGGCCCUACUCUGUCAAAGAAACUGCGUGACAGAAUGGGUGGAGAAGCAUCCAAAUCAGGUCUUCCCCUCAAACCAGCAGGACUCCAAAAGAGAAAUGGUCAUAUGAGCAUCCUGCACUACAUAUACAGAAGUACUCUGGGGCAAAGCCUGCACACACAGAUGAGACAGUGUCUCCAGGAACCUUUCGUUCGCUCUCUGUCGUCGUAUCAUUUCCAUGGUUCCAGCAGCCCCUUCGACCGCAGAAUCACCUGUGUGGAGUGGCACCCCACUCAUCCCACUACUCUUGCUGCAGCCUCCAAAGGUGGAGACAUUUUUCUGUUGGACUUUGAGAAGCCCGCAAAGAAGAGUUUUAUUCAAGGAAUGGGAGCUGGAGACUCAGUAACAGACAUGAAGUUUAACCAGUUAAAUCCCACUCAGCUGUUCACCUCGUCUAUGGGAGGUACGGCAACACUUCGAGAUUUCAGUGGGACAACCCUUACAAAUGGAGCUGGGGACUUUAUUGGAGGGAUGAAGUUUUGUCCCACGGACUUCUCCAGAGUGUAUGCAGCCUCUGGCGAGGGCACACUCACCCUGCAGAGCUUUGAGGGCCAUGCACCCACUCUACUGUCCAGAACUCAGGACUGUGGCCACGAUCACCACAAUGUUUGUUUUUGGUAUUGCUGUGUGGAUGUGUCCGUGAGCCGGCAGAUGCUUGUGACCGGAGACAACACAGGACAACUCUUGCUUCUGGGUUUGGAUGGCCAGAAGAUUUUUAGCGAUAAGUUGCACAAAGCUAAGGUCACCCAUGCAGAGUUUAACCCCCGGUGUGACUGGCUGCUGGCCACGGCCUCGGUGGACCACACAGUGAAGCUUUGGGACCUGAGAAACAUAAAAGACAAGAAAAGUUUCCUGCAUGACAUGCCCCAUGACAGAGCUGUUAACUCAGCUUAUUUUAACCCACUGGACUGCUCUAAACUGCUCACAACGGAUCAGCAUGACCAGAUCCGUGUCUACGCGUCCGCUGACUGGUCCAAACCUCAGCAUAUCAUCCAGCACCCUCACAGACAGUUUCAGCACCUCACGCCCAUCAAGGCUACAUGGCAUCCAAUGUAUGACCUGAUUGUGGCCGGACGAUACCCUGAUGACCGCAUCUGCACCAGCGACAGGAGGACCAUCGACAUCUAUGACUGCAACACCGCAGAGCUGGUGUUUCAGCUCUAUGAUUCCACGGCCUCAGGGAUCAAAUCAAUCAACAAAUUCAGUCCGAUGGGGAAUGUGAUUGCCUCUGGAAUGGGUGUAACGCUGCUGGUUUGGGACCAGGAUGAGUCAUUACUCGGUGACUUGCACAAAACGCCCAAGGAAACCUCCGCCCCAGCAGAUGGUGUGAGGGGGCAGCGGAGGAGUCGGCAGCAGGGCUCCAACCGGACCCGCAGGGGCCCGUCUGUGGACGCCAAGCUCAAGAAAAAACUAGCCUCUCUGGAAGAAACGGAGACCAAAACCAAGACUGGAUCCACCAAACAAAAACAAGCACAGAUGAAGAAGAAGAAA